AUGUCCUCCCUUCAACACGGCUCGCAGCCAGCGCCCGCUUCUCAUAUCCCGCGCUUCCUCUGGAGAGUCGAGUCGAGAAGCUCCCGAUACCGCGUCCUGGAGUGCAGCCACUGGGACUCGCAGCAUGUCCACUUUAACCGCGACGAGCUCCGGCCGUGGAUUUCCACCCACAUGGAGUCCCGUCGUGCUUACUACCACGCACCGUUCGUCAUCACUUCCCUCACCGGCUCGCUACUUUGGGCGCUCAACUCUGCGCACCGGAUGUUAAGUCGGGGCGAAGCGGAAGUCAACAUCGUUCCCCUCGAAGCCUGGAGCGCGCUGACGGACCAUAUCUACCCGGCAAAGUCCCUCGCUGCAUGGCUGGAGAUCGAGCCGCCGGGCAUCACCUGGCACGACGAUCCCUAA